CCCAGCUGCCAGACAACAUUUCCUCAGGUGGCGCCUCUUUCACAUAGUGGACGUGGACAACUUUCACCUUCAUCAACACCUUGGGAUAUUCAAGAUUCCCUUUCAACGCCGUGGUAUUCGAAUCUACCAACAAUUUAACGCUCAUCUUUCUUGGAAUUUCAUCCUCGAGUAAAAUGGAAAUGAGAUGAUGCAAGUCAAGACAGCUCAAGAUUGUCUAAAGAGGUAACCAAUUGGAAAUAUGAACUAUGGCCUCGGAUGGCCUCAACUCACCCCGUUUACCUGGACAUGAUGGACUACCGCUAUCGCCAGCAAGCGCGUCAUUUCCAGGACGCUCAUCAAAUCCACUGUCUUCCAAGGUGACGUCUGUAUUGUCGACCUCAUAUGCCGACGCAGAGUUCCGCGAGUCUCUGGCUUUGUUAGACGAGCGUGGCAUUAGCAACACCGCUGAAACUCGGAGACAGCUACGGCUGGACGUCCAGAAAGAGGUUAUUGACAGUAAUGGCAAGAUAAUUACAGAGUUCGGCCGGGUAGCCGAGCAGUUAAAGAGGAUAGGUACAACUAUCAAUAAACUCAACAAAAACUACCAGGAGAUGAGAGGUCACGUCACAGCCGCUCACGAGUCGACGUCCUCUGUGCUUGAAGAGGCGUCUUCCAUCAUGGCCCAAAGGAAGAAUAUCGAGACGAAGCAGCAGGUAUUAAAGGCCUUCCGCGAGCACUUCCUUCUAUCAGAAGAUGAGAUCGCCUCUUUAACCUUAACAGCCGAACCUGUCGACGACCGUUUCUUCGCUGUUCUAGCAAAAGCGAAGCGCAUUAGGAAGGACUGCGAAUUCCUUCUCGGCUUCGAGAGCCAGACGCUAGGCCUCGAGAUUAUGGAUCAGACAUCCAAAAACUUGAACCAGGCUAUGCAGAAAUUGUACCGCUGGGUCCAGAAGGAGUUCAAGACCCUUAACCUGGAGAACCCUCAGAUCAACUCGUCUGUUCGCCGCGCUAUACGCGUGCUUGCCGAGAGGCCCUCCCUUUUUCAGAGUUGUCUAGAUUUCUUCGCUGAGGCUAGAGAGCAAAUCCUCUCUGAUGCCUUCUACCUCGCGCUGACCGGCACGUCCUCAGCUGGUGCUAAGGAUAACUCCGUGAAGCCGAUCGAGCUCGUGGCUCACGAUCCGCUGCGGUAUGCGGGUGACAUGCUGGCUUGGACGCAUUCCGCCGCCGUCAGCGAGAGAGAAGCCCUCGAAAUCCUGUUUAUAUCUGACGGGAACGAGAUUGCUAAAGGGAUACAAGAGGGCCGCGAGAACGAGUUGUGGAUGCUGAUGGCUGACGAGGCAGAUGGGCCUCCGGAAUUCGAUGCCGUCAAGGCUCUAAAUGAAUUAGUCGAUAGGGACGUCUCUGGCGCAGCGCGCAUAUUGAGACAGCGAGUUGAACAGGUCAUCCAGACCAACGAGGACACUAUCUUAGCAUACAAGCUAGCCAACCUCCUCAGCUUCUACCGCGUAACAUUUUCCAAGUUACUCGGUGAGGACUCGGUUCUACUACAAUCGAUGAACAACCUAGAAGCAGAAGCGCUACGGCAAUUCCGCUCUCUGAUGCGCGACCAUAUCACCACCCUCGAGGGCGAAUUCCAACACACCCCGUCCGACCUCGGGCCGCCCGAGUUCUUACAGGAAUGCUUAAAACAGCUAACGGCGAUUAUGAAAACCUACGAAACAUCACUAGCCGCAGACGGCGAUCGCGAGGCGGACUUCGAGCCUAUCCUAGCCGAGUCCUUUGACCCUUUCCUAGCCGGCUGUUCCAACAUGGCCAAAAACAUCUCCCCGCCCUCUAAUUCCAUAUUCCUCAUAAACUGCCUCCUCGCCGCCCAGACGGCCAUCGAGCCCUUCCAAUCGUUCACGCGCGCACGCCUCGAGCGCCUACGCUCCGCGAUCGCCGAACACAGCGCCCUCCUCGUCGAGAGCCAAUACGCCUUCUUCCGCGCCGAAUCCUCUCUCUCGCCCUUAUUCGCGGCUCUAUCGCCCCUCUCCGACGCGCGCCCUGAAGACGUGGCCAAACUCCCCUUGCUCCCGGAGCUCCAGCCGGAGGUCCUGGCGCGCGCGGCCCAGGGGCUAGACGACUUUUUGCCGUCGGCCGUCAUGGACGCGCUGGAGAACGUGAAGAACCUCCAGGACGCGAGGCUCGCGCGCGAGGUCACGGAGGAGGCGGCGGAUCGGUUCUGCGCCGACUUCGAGCACGUCGAGGAGCUGCUCGUCGCGGUGGAUGAGGUGGCUGGGGAAGAGGGACAGGGAGAAGAGAGGGCGGGGUUGAGAGCUGUGUUCCCUAGGACGACGGGGGAGAUCAGGAUUUUGUUGUCGUAAGCGGUGGAAAAGUUGACAAGGGGAAAGGGAAUGUUUAGGUAGGUGCCUAAGAUAUAUAUAGCUUGGGCGUAUAGAGGGAUAUGAAAAGGGAGGGAAGAGGUAGACACACUAUACCAUUAUAUACCUAAAUUAAGGUAUAUGUCAUGCCAUCCAUAUCAUAGAGAGAGCGUAAAGGGAAAAUCUAUAAAGGACAUUAACUCUGUAUUGAAAUAUAGCAUAACAUGGCAUAAAAUGACAUACCGUAGCACACCAUCGCAUAGCAUAGAAAGCUCUCUCUCUCUCUCUCUCUCUCUAUAUAUAUAUAUAUGACC